UUCACAUGUUGCUCUGACUCCACUAAUCCACGUGCGAUAGGAAAAGCCAGAAAAUUGUGCAAAAGCGGAGAAAAUUGUUAUUUUCCCACAGCCGUCAAAUUGUUUCAGCGCAGUGGUCUGAAUUUACAAAAAAUACGGUAAAAAUCCUAAAAACAGCGCCCCCAGUGCUGCUUUUUCUCAUUAAACUCCUUCCUUCUCUGAUGGAAAUUUUGGUUAAAAAUCAGCAAGAAUUUAGCAUAAACGUGGCAAAAUUGAAUAAUUAGAGUUUUCUGUGAGUGAGAUUCAAGUAAUUUGUUUGGGUAAAAUGCUGUACAAUUUGCUGAAACCACUGUCCGGCUUCUGGAAGCCGAAGCCCAUAAAAAUUCACAACAACGUCUUCAGUCUCCAUGGGAAGUUCACCGUAGGGCUCCUCAUCAUCUUCUCCCUCGUUAUCUCCGUGAAGGAGUACUUUGGCGAUCCCAUCAAUUGCAUGGUGGACAACAAAGAUGAUAAAUCAUUUGCAGACUACUACUGUUGGAUCCACGGGACGUACAUCCAGAAGAGAUAUCUAAAUGGUACAAUUGGAAAACACAUUGUUUCGGAAGGUAUUGGAGAAACGUACGUGCCAAACAGCGAAACAGAUCGCGUUUACCAGAAAUACUACCAAUGGGUGGCAUUCAUCCUCUUGACCCUGGCCAUUAUGCUCUACAUACCAUACUUUCUCUGGAAACUCUGGGAAGGGGGACGCAUGAAGAAUGUCUGCCAGGACUUUGGGGCACCGGUAAUUGCAUCUAAUUGGAAUAGAAGUGAAAAAAUUCGCAUUGUCAAGUACUUGUGCCAAGGAAACAAUGAAUCCAUCCACCGCCUCUACGCCUACCGCUUUAUGUUCUGCGAGAUUCUCAAUAUGGUCAUGCUGAUUGUGGCCAUUUGGAUACUAAAUGUGGUGUUUGACAAUUUUUGGAUUGACUACGCAAAGGCCAUUCGAUCGGUGCUUCAAAGGGAUUCCGCAGGAUGGGCCAUAAACACCGCACGCAUAUUUCCGAAACUUGGGAAAUGUACUUUCCAUCGGUUUGGACCAUCUGGAACGGUGAUCAACCGCGAUGCUCUCUGCUUGCUCCCACUCAACAUCAUCAAUGAGAAGGUUUUUGCGAUUCUCUGGCUCUGGAUGUUAUUUUUGCUGGCGGUCUCAAUACUCAAUCUCAUCUACAAGGCCCUGAUUUUCUUCAGUCAUCACCUCCGCAUUAAGAUCCUCCAGUCUCAGUCAUGUGGGCAGAAAUACAGCGACAUUCGCCUUGUAACACACAACGGAGAUCUUGGAAAGUGGUUUUUCCUCUACCAAAUGAGCCGCAAUGUCAAUCCGGUGAUUUUUUGCGAAAUCAUGCGUGAAUUGUUCAAAUACGAACGAGACAGGAUGAUUUAUGAGAAAAAUCAUGAAGAUCCCGAGGAAACUAUUUAAGACGAAAAGCAUUCAUUAGGAAUUUUAUAUUUCCUAUCAACAUUUUGCUCUAAUUAAUUACAUUAAGAUGUUGUGGCCUUCCAAACUGUGCCUUAAAUAUAAAAAAAAAUGAAAUUUUUUAGUGAAGUAUUACAAGAAAAAAGUGAUAUAUUGAAGUAUUAUAAAUGAUCCUAAAAUUUAUAUCAUGUUUAUCGAUAUAAGAAGUAAAAGUGAAGUAAGAUUUUGAUAAAAAAAAAGCCUUGAGUUAAGUUAAGAAAGUUCUCUCAGGAAUAUUAUAAAAUAUUUUUUCUGAUAUAUAUAUUUUUGUACUUGAAUUAUUUUUUUUUGUUUCAAUAAAAAAAUUGAAAUUAAAUUAAAAAUCAUUGAUUA